AUGCAGCUGUCUCGAGUUCUGCUGGUGGCCGCUACGCUGCUGGCGACGCUGUUGGCGUUGGCCCAGGGGAGGGUGGUCGACCUCGCCCAAGGAAACAUGUUUGACGAGGGCAUCAGCGCCGGCCCCUGGUUUGUCAUGUUCUGCCGACACAACUGCGCGCACUGCGAGAAGGUGAAGCACCGAUGGGAGGAUCUGGCGCAAAGCUACUCGGGCGAGACGCAGAUCGGCACGGUGGACAUCGCGGCCACCCCCAAGGGCAGGGAGCUGGCUGCCAGAUUCAAGAAGGGCGCCGUCUACACCUUCGAAGGCGACCGCAACAAGGUCGAGUCCUUCAUCGAGUUCAUUGACGCGGGGUAUCACCCGCUGUAUCGGUUCACGGCGAGCCCGAAGUGGGCGGCGCUGAUCUGGGUGCCAGUGGCGAUCCUGAGCGUCGCCCUCUGCUUCGUCGCCAGGGCCUCGGCCUACGACGGGGUCGAGGACUUUGGUCGCCACAUCGGCGCCUACACGCCUCCGCCGCCGGUCGAGGACGCCGAGGAGCCCCUCGUCCGCCCCAGGCGCAAGAAUGUGAGGAAUUAA